UCGCCGCUUGGCGGAGGCGGGGAAGGUCCGCGGGCGGUGCCUCAGCCGGGGUUGGCGCUGAGGGGAGAGGGCGGGGAAAAGGUGGCGAAUUGAGGGGAAAGCGGGAGGGGCGGGAAAGGGCGGCCGGAACAUGGCGGACCAAAUCCCGCUCUACCCGGUGCGUAGCGCCGCGGCGGCCGCAGCCAACCGCAAACGCGCGGUCUACUACAGCGCCGCGGGGCCCGGGCCGGGAGCCGACCGGCACAGCAGGUACCAGCUGGAGGAUGAGUCUGCACAUUUGGAUGAAAUGCCACUAAUGAUGUCUGAAGAAGGCUUUGAGAAUGAGGAAAGUGAUUACCAUACCUUACCACGGGCCAGGAUAAUGCAAAGGAAAAGAGGACUGGAGUGGUUUGUCUGUGAUGGCUGGAAGUUCCUCUGUACCAGUUGCUGUGAUUGGCUGGUAAAUAUUUGUCAAAGAAAGAAAGAACUGAAAGCUCGCACAGUAUGGCUUGGAUGUCCUGAAAAGUGUGAAGAAAAACAUCCCAGGAAUUCUAUAAAAAAUCAAAAAUACAAUGUGUUUACCUUUAUACCUGGGGUUUUGUAUGAACAAUUCAAGUUUUUCUUGAAUCUCUAUUUUCUGGUAAUAUCCUGCUCACAGUUUGUGCCAGCAUUGAAAAUAGGCUAUCUCUACACCUACUGGGCUCCUCUGGGAUUUGUCUUGGCUGUGACUAUGACACGGGAAGCAAUCGAUGAAUUUCGGCGUUUUCAGCGUGACAAGGAGGUGAAUUCACAGCUAUAUAGCAAGCUUACAGUAAGAGGUAAAGUGCAAGUUAAGAGUUCAGACAUACAAGUUGGAGACCUCAUCAUAGUGGAAAAGAAUCAAAGAAUUCCAUCAGACAUGGUGUUUCUUAGGACUUCCGAAAAAGCAGGUUCGUGUUUUAUUCGAACUGAUCAACUAGAUGGUGAAACUGACUGGAAGCUGAAGGUGGCAGUGAGCUGCACGCAACGGCUGCCGGCUCUGGGGGACCUUUUUUCUAUCAGUGCUUAUGUUUAUGCUCAGAAACCACAAAUGGACAUUCACAGUUUUGAAGGCACAUUUACCAGGGAAGACAGUGACCCGCCCGUUCAUGAAAGUCUCAGCAUAGAAAAUACAUUGUGGGCAAGCACCAUUGUUGCAUCGGGUACGGUAAUAGGUGUUGUCAUUUAUACUGGAAAAGAGACUCGAAGUGUAAUGAACACAUCCAAUCCAAAAAAUAAGGUUGGUUUGUUGGACCUUGAACUCAAUCGGCUGACGAAAGCACUAUUUUUGGCUUUAGUUGCUCUUUCUGUUGUCAUGGUAACCUUACAAGGAUUUGUGGGUCCAUGGUACCGCAAUCUUUUUCGGUUCCUUCUCCUCUUUUCUUACAUCAUUCCCAUAAGUUUGCGUGUGAACUUGGACAUGGGCAAAGCGGUGUAUGGAUGGAUGAUGAUGAAAGACGAGAACAUCCCUGGCACAGUCGUUCGGACCAGCACUAUCCCAGAGGAACUUGGGCGCCUGGUGUAUUUACUGACAGACAAAACAGGAACCCUCACCCAGAAUGAAAUGGUGUUUAAGCGGCUCCACCUGGGCACCGUGUCCUAUGGAGCCGACACAAUGGAUGAGAUCCAGAGCCAUGUCAGGGACUCCUACUCACAGAUGCAGUCUCAAGCUGGUGGAAACAAUACUGGUUCAACUCCACCAAGAAAAGCCCAAUCUUCAGCUCCCAAAGUUAGGAAAAGUGUCAGCAGUCGAAUCCAUGAAGCCGUGAAAGCCAUCGUGCUGUGUCACAACGUGACCCCUGUGUAUGAGUCUCGGGCCGGCGUUACUGGGGAGACUGAGUUCGCAGAGGCUGACCAAGACUUCAGUGAUGAGAACCGCACCUACCAGGCUUCCAGCCCCGAUGAGGUCGCUCUGGUGCAGUGGACAGAGAGUGUGGGCCUCACACUGGUCAGCAGGGACCUCACCUCCAUGCAGCUGAAGACGCCCAGCGGCCAGGUCCUCAGCUUCUGCAUCCUGCAGCUGUUCCCCUUCACCUCAGAGAGCAAGCGGAUGGGCAUCAUCGUCAGGGAUGAAUCCACGGCAGAAAUCACAUUUUACAUGAAGGGUGCUGAUGUGGCCAUGUCUCCUAUCGUGCAGUAUAACGACUGGCUGGAAGAGGAGUGCGGAAACAUGGCUCGCGAAGGACUGCGGACCCUCGUGGUUGCAAAGAAGGCGUUGACAGAGGAGCAGUACCAGGACUUUGAGAGCCGAUACACUCAGGCCAAGCUGAGCAUGCACGACAGGUCCCUCAAGGUGGCCGCGGUAGUUGAGAGCCUGGAGAGGGAGAUGGAACUGCUGUGCCUCACCGGCGUGGAGGACCAGCUGCAGGCGGACGUGCGGCCCACGCUGGAGAUGCUGCGCAACGCCGGGAUCAAGAUAUGGAUGCUAACAGGCGAUAAACUCGAGACAGCUACUUGCAUUGCCAAAAGUUCACAUCUGGUGUCUAGAACACAAGACAUUCAUAUUUUCAGACAGGUAACCAAUCGGGGAGAGGCACAUUUGGAGCUGAAUGCAUUUCGAAGGAAGCAUGAUUGUGCACUGGUCAUAUCUGGGGAUUCUCUGGAGGUUUGUCUAAAGUACUACGAGCAUGAGUUCGUGGAGCUGGCCUGCCAGUGCCCCGCCGUGGUGUGCUGCCGCUGCUCGCCCACGCAGAAGGCCCACAUCGUGACACUGCUGCAGCAGCACACGGGGAGACGCACCUGCGCCAUCGGUGAUGGAGGAAAUGAUGUCAGCAUGAUUCAGGCAGCAGACUGUGGGAUUGGGAUUGAGGGAAAGGAGGGGAAGCAGGCCUCGCUGGCGGCCGACUUCUCCAUCAGGCAGUUCCGGCACAUUGGCAGGCUGCUCAUGGUGCACGGACGGAACAGCUACAAGAGGUCAGCAGCACUCGGCCAGUUCGUCAUGCACAGGGGCCUUAUCAUCUCCACGAUGCAGGCUGUGUUUUCCUCAGUCUUCUACUUCGCAUCCGUCCCUUUGUAUCAGGGCUUCCUCAUGGUGGGGUAUGCCACCAUAUACACCAUGUUCCCAGUGUUCUCCUUAGUGCUGGACCAGGACGUGAAGCCAGAGAUGGCGAUGCUCUACCCGGAGCUGUACAAGGACCUCACCAAGGGAAGAUCCUUGUCCUUCAAAACCUUCCUCAUCUGGGUUUUAAUCAGCAUUUACCAAGGUGGCAUCCUCAUGUACGGGGCCCUAGUGCUCUUCGAGUCUGAGUUCGUCCAUGUGGUGGCCAUCUCCUUCACCGCACUGAUCCUGACCGAGCUGCUGAUGGUGGCACUGACCGUCCGCACAUGGCACUGGCUGAUGGUGGUGGCCGAGUUUCUCAGCCUGGGCUGCUACGUGUCCUCACUCGCUUUUCUCAAUGAAUAUUUUGGUAUAGGCAGAGUGUCUUUUGGAGCUUUCUUAGAUGUUGCCUUUAUCACCACCGUGGCCUUCCUGUGGAAAGUGUCGGCGAUCACCGUGGUCAGCUGCCUCCCGCUGUAUGUCCUCAAGUACCUGAGGCGCAAGCUGUCUCCGCCAAGCUACUGCAAGCUGGCCUCCUAAGGGGUUGUGCACCCCCAGCGGGCUGGUCCCAGCACCUUCUGCCCUUUCCAGUGAACACAGGGUUUGCCAUUGCUACCAAGCGAGCACCACGAGAAAGGGAGGGUAUGCCAGGCGAGCCCAGGGCACCGAUGCCGGGACGGCCUGUCCCUCUCAGUGCAGGGACGUCAGCCCUGCCAGGCGAGCCCAGGGCACGGAUGCCGGGACAGCCUCUCCCUCUCAGUGCGAGGCUUCACCCCUGCUAGGCGAGCCCAGGGCACAGAUGCCAGGACGGCCUCUCCCUCUCAGUGUGGGGCUUCACCCCUGCUUUUCUUUCUUCUUUUGUGUUUGUCAAAAUCCUAUUUCCAUAUUGAAGCAGCUUGAGUUUCUACUGAAAAUGAGCCCGAAUUAUUUUACUGUUACUGUAAAGGGUUUAUCUUACUCUGGCAUUCUAAGAAUUAGAAUGAAAGUUUAAUUUCUGCAAUUCCCUAACAUUCACAUUCUUUCUUUGAUGUUAUAAUACACAGUCAUUCCUACUCAAAUGUAAUAAAAUUGAGGCUCCACGGAGGCCCGUGUCCACACCAGCUGCAGCUCCUGCUCAGACAGACGGCUGCCCUUUGCUGAAGGCACCUCGCUUUAUACUCGCAUUUCGCUUUUCAGUAAAAACACUCGAGUUACUGAGUUCUCACUAAAGAGCUGUUCUCCUCACACGUUCUGAAGGCAAGUCGUACAAACAGUGGUGUUUCCGAACACAAUUCCAUUGCAGCCACCAGCGUAAAUCAUUGCCCAGAGACUUUGCUGCUAGCACGCGUGUCCUUCCCAUCCUUUUAUAUUUGCAAAAUCACACUCGAACACCAUUUCUAUAGGUAGAAAUCAGCUGUCCUGUAAAACUCACAUCCCCUAAGAUAGCUCACUUGCCUGGUCAUGGGAGUUUACUUGGUUGGAAACACACACCAGUUGAGAUGAUGAAAGCCUGUGCGGCUGCCACGCUGCAUUCAUGGUGUCGCCCAGCCAGACCCCUCGCUUCUGUGACGCUGGGAAGGUUCUUGGGGCCAGGAGUUCAUUUCCUCAGCUGUGUCCUGUGCCUGGGGUAUUCCUCGAAACCGGUGUGUUGUGCCGCCUGCAGCAAUGCCCCUUCUUGGAGGCCUCAGCAGAAGUUGGUCAAACACCAGGCCUCUUGGUUCAAAGGAGAGUUUCUCUGUAUUUUCCACGCAGGCGCCGCAGCCUCUGCCAGGAGUUUCACCUGUUCAUUUUCUGCGUCGUUUCCCAUCAAGGUGGGCCCUGUCACUUGAAAUCCUGGCCGCGCUGUGUGCGUGGGGCUCCAAGGGCAUUUCACCAACCAGCGGAGGGGCUGCCCAGCACCCACCUACCGUCCCCCGCAGCUUUGCGGAGGAGAAAAUAGCCGCAGAGAGCAAUGAAGCUGCCAGUCUUCCCCAUACGCAACAGGCCUUUUGAAUGGAAUUCCUGGGUCAUCUGUCCUGAGCGUUCUGAAUUUCCAGACGGGCCUGGCCCUGCGAGGGUGCGAUUUCCUGCGUCCCCACAAGGUGUCGCUGCUGUCCGCUCCGUGAUCUGGGCGCGUCUGGUCGCUGCCGGAGGCUGCCUGGGAUUUUCCCUUCUGUGCACCAAGUCGGUGUCGCCCGGAAGUCACAUCCUGGGGGGCUGACUUGGAUUUUACGUGUCUUUAUCGCUUCUGCCAGAGCAGUUUGCGUUGGGGGCGUUGGGACGGUAGAAAUCUUAAGUCUACAGCCAGCAGCCCAGGAGAUGGGGUCACACGCUCGGGCCUCGGGGGUGGAGGCCAAGUGCAAAUGAAAGGCUGCUCCCCCGUG